AUAUUAAUAAUGCUGCUUUAAUAUGUAAGGACAAUUUUCGCACUUUUUAUGGUUUUACUUAUGCAACGCAGGCUCAAUUUGCAACAGCACAAGAAAAAAUUAAUAUUAAUUUAGCUACUAUCUGGGAAUUAAGAUUAAUAAAAGGAGUUGGUGAACAAUAG